GGCAGAGGAUCCCCCUGAGCCUCUUUUUCCACUGAGCUGCCUGCAGCUGGCAAUCUACCAGCCAAAAAUGCCAACUGCUGGGGAGACGAAUCGGGGAAGCCGAUAACCAGCGAACAUGAAGCAAGUCGACAUUGUUUGGAGCUGCAGCACUGGGUCAGAACGACACGGAGGGUUUCUCAGCAGCAAAUGUUACUCCUGAGACUGGAAUAUAAUUAACUCCUGCCUACUCCCUCCCUCUUCACGGAUGCCAUCCAGCAUGCCAGCAGCACGCAGAGGCUUCUGCAAAAUCUCACGCCCAGCCCUGCGAUUUUCCAGCAGAACCAAAGCAAUGGGGAUCCUUUGGUUCAUUUUAAUCUUCAUCGCCCUGACCGGUCACGGAGAUGCUCACGGACCAGACAGCUGUAACCAUGAAGGGGGCUUGUGCCGAGUCGGAAACUGCGUUUCUGGUGAAUAUCUGGCUAGGUACUGCUUCGAACCCAUCAUUCUCUGUUGUAAAAGUUUAUCACCCACUACUGCAAAGAGCUGAAGAUUUCUGAAGGAGCAAACUGCAGCACGUGGAGGGCUGCAGGCUCCACUAACAAGGAACGAGCUACUGUUGGGAAGGAAAUGUUAUGUCUUUCUGUGACUGUUGCUCCCCUGGGAGAACAUAGCUGUGGAUUCACUCGUGAACUUCUGAACACGUUGCUUUUUGCUUUUGCUGCGACUUUCUAGGUAACACUGUGACAAGAAGAAAUUGGGGCCACCUGG